GUGUGUGUGUGUGUGUGUGUGUGAGAGCCUUGUAAGCAUCCUCAGCUCCUGUCCAAUCACACAGCUAGUCCAUCACAUAAGGUCCAGUUUAUUCCCGGGGAUUCAGUUGCGGAUCAAAGGAGUGUGAAGAUGUGGUGCGGGGCUGGGCCUCUGGCUGUGGUGGCUGCAGUGUUUUGGACUCAGUGUGUCCUACUGGAUGGGGUGGAUGCCAAGAAAGAGAGGAAGAGGCUAAAGGAGACCACCCCGCAACACACGGAGACGUACAAUUCAACUCUCUCCAACAGCGAAGAAGUUGGUGGAGGCAUCAAGGUUUCUGACAACCAGCGAGUCGACCCGCUGGGAUCAUGGAUGGACUUUGUCAAAAGACCUGUCGGCAACUUCCCUGGAAAGUGUCGCAAACGCAAGCGUCCCCUGCCGGGCCCACCUGGUCCUCCAGGUCCUCCUGGCCCACAGGGACCUCCUGGCUCUCCUGGGGCUGAAGUGACUCAGGACGUUCUUCUACAGGAGUUCAAAGAGAUGAUCAAAGAAGCUACAGAGCGGAGAACAGCAGCACUGGAGAGACAAGCCAGUCCCAGCCAGCUACCAACAGCUCUGCUCACCCUGGAGGGGAUGACCUCCUACAGGCGAAUAGAGGAGGCUUUCCACUGCAAACUCAAGGGGCCUGUGGUGGUGGAUAAGAAGACUCUGGUGGAGCUCCAGAACUUUCAGACACCGCCUGCUAAAGGAGCCUUCCUUAGAGGGUCAGGAAUGGACCAGUCUACUGGGAGAUUCACAGCUCCUGUCACAGGAAUCUACCAGUUCUCUGCUAAUGUCCACAUUGACCACAAUGAAGUGAAGAAGAACAAGAGUCAGCUGAAAGCCAGAGACAAUGUGCGGGUGUUGAUCUGCAUUGAAUCUCUCUGCCACAGAUACACGUCACUGGAGAUGAUUGUUGGAUUAGAGAGUAACAGUAAGAUAUUCACGGUCAGCGUGCACGGGCUGCUGGAGCUGCAGGCUGGGCAGUACACCUCCAUAUUUGUGGAUAACGCCGCCGGUGCUUCCGUAACAAUACAGAACGGUUCAGAUUUCAUGGGCAUGCUGCUUGGCGUAUAGCCCCUCACGAGAGCGAGGCUUCAAACAGUUCACUGCUGCCGUUUUGCUUUUCCAUUUCACACGGACUGCUUGUAAGCACCAUCACACAGAACCAAACCACAGGGGGGAUUUGAAGGAAGGAAGGCUGACAUUGACUUGACAGCUUGUCAGAUGGUGAAGGACAAUGUGAAAAACUAACGUUUUCUACAGUGCACCACGACUUCCCCUGAGGAACCUGGUUGCCUGUGGCUUCACCAAUAAAAUAACCUGUAUGAAACACAGUUGAAUAUGUGUUUUACUGUAUAUUUCCCAUGAUUUGUGGUCACUGAGCGUCGUGGCUGUAGCCUUGAGUAAAUAUCAAUUAUUUUUUUAUGUUCUCUGUAUAGCUGUUGUAAGAACUGGGGAACAUGAAAGAGUGUUCAGUGACAUGGUUUUCUGUCUCCAUGAUCUCUUGUAUACACAGUCAUGGUUUGUAGUUAUUGUUUUUAUUAAAUCUUACAUUUAAAUUAUAUGGUACAUAGACUCUGUGAGUACACUGGACGAUGGAAAUAUGCUCCACCAACAUUACGGUCAAAGUACAGCCGCACAGAGCUGCUAGCAGAGUUGAACGUGUAAGGCGUACUCACACUACAGUGAAUAAACGUGUCUACAGUAUAGUAUUGUGUGUCGUGCAAUGGUUACAGUGGUAAUGUUGCUUGUAGAAGAGACUCAACCUAUUUUUCUAACUGUAAUCUAUAACUGCAUCUCCACUGACAUUCGUAUAUAU